UAUACACAACGUGGCAGUGACUUACAUGUAGUACAAGUUUGGUUCUGGUUCAAAAGCGCCCAAAUCUCCCAACCGUAUUCUCUACGAAAGACUCAGGAAAUUUUUGUCUGUGCAAUCCUAGCCCAACCAUAAUAUCUCAUUACACUUACCAGACUUACCUAGGUGCACACGCCAUAACGAUUGCUUUUUCACGAUGACUACAAUUAAAAACGUCGCCGUUGUCGGGGCAACUGGAAAGAUCGGCCGCCCAAUCGUGGACCAUCUUCUAGCGUCGAAGCUCUUCAACGUGACCGUUCUCACCAGAAAUGGGAGUCAAGACCGCGGAUUCCCCGCCAAUGUCAGCGUUAAAGAGGUGAACUACGAUUCUAUUGAGUCCCUCGAGUCAGCACUCCGCGGUCAGGAUGCGCUAGUCUCAGCCAUGGCCUUUGAGGCCAUUCACAUGCAGAAAAAUCUUGUAGAUGCCGCGUUUCAAGCCGGCGUUAAGAGGAUGAUUCCUUCUGAGUACGGCAACGAUCUUUUGAAUCCUAAACUGGCGGCGUUUCCUAUCUACCAACCGAAGAUUGCCAUUCGGGAACAAUGUGAACAGAAAGUCAAGGAAAACCCCUCUUUUUCUUGGACCACAAUUCAUAAUGCGUCGUUUCUUGGGCCUGAUUGGACUCUGGACUUCAUCGUGGAUGUGAAGGAGCGCAAAGCCGACAUAAAAGACGGCGGUGACGUACUCUUUUGCGCUACCACUUACGACGAUAUUGCCCAAGCUGUGAUCGGCAUCUUGACUCACCCGGAAGAGACGGCCAAUCGCCCCGUGAGAAUCUCCAGCGUCAACACGACCCAGAACGAAUUAAUUGCAAUAGCCAAGGAACUAGGGGCCACCGACGGAUGGAACCUGACGUAUUCCCAAACCGAAAAUUUGGAAAGUGAGGCCUUCAGGCGCUGGUCAGAAGGUGACCAUAGCGAGGAGGUAAUUGCUAUGUUUAUUAACCGUGCUUUCAUUGGUAAAGGUUGGGGCGGGUAUUUCCCCGUCCGCGAUAACGAUUUGUUGGGCAUCAAGGGCUUAGGGAGAGAUGAGCUGAAAGCCAUCAUCAAAUUAGCCAUUGAUAGAUGAUCAGCACUCGAAGAAAUUUCAAAUGAAAGAUGGGUGGAUGACACAAUAGGUACCAGAAUAUCAAUGUCCAGUACCAAUGUAUUAUACUACCCUAGUAUCUUUCCCGGCACCGUGGCACCGGGUCUGCCUCCCCACACUCGACAUAGGUAUAAUACUUAGAUCUUGGACAUUCCCAUCUCCAAUCCUGUAGAGUAAAACCUGUACCUCGACUGAUUAAAGUCGCAAAAUUCCGACGAAAUGAAACCCUAGAUAUUGCUCGUCGGAGCGCCUAUACGCUCUU